AUGUCAGACCAAAUACCUUUCCAUAUACAGGAGGACAUCAUCAAAAGGCUUCCUGUCAAACCAUUGCUUCAGUAUAGAUCCGUCUCAAAAGCAUGGAAAUCUUUGAUCGAUAGCUCUGAGUUUAUUGCAGCUCACAGUGCCCUCCACACUCAUCCACAACACCUGCUUGUAAAGUACGAAGAUUUGGUAGAAACUGAAGAUAAAUAUGUUUCUUUUAUAGAUGACGAUACUUUCCUCCAACAGAGGUUUGUUCCCACUCUUCCAUUUUCCGUUAAGUCACUUAACCUUUCAAUAAUAGUCGGUAGCUCUCACGGAUUGUUGUGCUUGCAUGGUUAUCAAUGGGGCCCGGAGAAUUCUCAUCGCAACCUUAAAUCGCCGAAGACUGUUCUUUGGAACCCUUCGGUUAGGAAAUCGGUAGUUGUUGAUAUGCCUAAUUUGGUGUGUGGGGGCGAAGAAAUAGCUGUUGGUUUUGGGGGAAAUGGAGAAAUGUAUCUAGCAAUCUGCCCAGUAAGUCAUUUCGAGUUACAUGGUCGCAGUGAGGUAGACCUCCCAGAUAGUUUAGCUCAACACUCUGAAACAGAGAUAUCGGUUUCUAAGGUAAGGGAGUCUCUUGCUAUGCUUCAGUAUAGUACAGACACACACACAGACAAAGAUGUCUGUUCUGUUUGGAUAAUGGAGCAUGGUGUUCGAAGAUUGUUCACAAAACUAUUCACCAUUAGUGCACCACAUGGGUCAAUGACAGUAUUGGGAUUUAGGAAGAGUGGCCAACCUAUAAUUGAAGUGAAAGAUGAUCUUGCUGAAUCAAGUGACAUUGCUGUUCAUGAUUCCAAUUCGGAAGAAAUCAACGAUCUUGAGAUUUGUGGAAUAACAAAUUCAUUUCGCAUGAUUUCUUACAUGGAAACCUUAACUUUUAUUCCUUCGUUCUCGUCCCCAACAGCAAAAAGCCUGCCACCAGGCGGUCUCAGCACAACAGAUCCUCUUCCAAUUGUCGUAACAGUGACUCCUCCAACCACCGAUCAACAUCGUCUUUCUCGUCGUAGGUACAUGCCACUGGUCGCUACCCUUCUCUGGUUCCAUGGAAUCCAUACUAAUAUCAUUAGGCAGCAUAUGGCUGGCCUACCCCUCCACCGUGGGCUGUUCCACGCCCUCAUUUGGCUCCUUAACCACAACAACAUCGUCGACAACCACCUGCAAACGACAUUCUUAGACGACAACCAUCAGCCCAACCAACUUCCUCUACUUCCCAGGGAGCAUUUCAUGGUACUACUAUUGAUCAGUCCUCACUUCCUCCUUCUUGGCAAUGGUUUCCUCCGUAAGUCCCAAAUCUGCUUGUGUAUCAAUCAGGUCCGUUUGAUGGUGCAGAAUCUCAAUCAAAAGGAUGAUGCCAAAUCAAAAUAG